AUGUGCAUCUUCCUCCCGACGGCGCGAGACGGGCUGCGUAGCCUUGCAGACAAGCUGGCGUCUGGCGCGCCAGGGUUCCUGUUCGACAACCUGCCCACUUGGUCAAGUGAGGUGAAGCUCCGGCUACCCAAGUUCAAGCUGUCCUUCUUCUGCAGCAUGAAGAAAGUUCUCAAGAGCUUGGGGCUCCGGGCGGCGUUCAGCGAGGGGGCCGAUCUGUCUGACAUGGUGGAGGACUCAAGUGGAAACACUGUGCGGCUGCGGGUAGAGGAUGUGUUCCAUAGGGCGGUUGUGGAAGUGAACGAGGAAGGCACUGAGGCGGCUGCAUCCACCGCCUUCGUCAUGGUAUUUUUAUGCGCCUCAGAUCCUGUUGAUUUCGUCGCCGACCAUCCAUUUGCCUUCUAUAUAGUGGAGGAGGUUUCCCGUUCGGUGGUCUUUGCCGGCCACGUCCUCGACCCUUCCGAAACCGAGUAA